AUGCAAGGCGUGAUAGAGGAGGCGUCUGUGGCGGGGAUCGAAGCAGCAUCUUCCGCGGGCUCUUUUGCUGCUGAAAGCCACGACAGUUUUGUGCGGCGAGGAGACACAUUAGUGUUGUCUGUUGCAGGGCCUUUGGAGGGUUUAGAAGAGGUGCUGCGGGCUUUGCUGCUGCCGCUGGCCCCCGCUGCAGCAGCAGCAGCAGCAGCAGCAGCAGCAGCGGGCGUGGACAUGUCGGACGCGGCCGUGGCCGCAGCCAACCGCAGGCUUGUUGCGCUGCUGCAGCAAACGCCCCCCCCCGAGCUGCUGCUGACGGAAAUGGCUUUGGAUCUUCUUGUCUUUCCGCAAAAGUCCAGAGACACUUUGGAAAAGGAACUUCGGAGGGCCCCCAUCGACGCCAGACUUGCUGCUGCUUGGCGCGACAACCUCUGGAACAGCCUCGCCGUCCACGCCACCAUCGAGGGAAAUGUCUCGGACGAAGUAGCAGCAAAUUUGCUAUCUCUUGUUGUCAAUACACUGAGGCCUUCCUCGCUUCGUCCUGUUUCUGAGACACUGCCGUCGCGCGUGGUGGAUAUGAGGGGCCUCUCUGUGCUGUUUCCUAUUGCUGCUGCUGUUGCUGAUUCUGCUGCUGGUGUGGGGCCCCUCUUUGGAAGCAAAGAGAAGCAGCAGCAGCUUCCUCCUGCUGCACUGUACGUACACCCCACCUUCUCGAGGACAGCCUUCAAUGCCGUUCGGGUGUACAUACAGCUGGGCCUGCUGAACAGCUCGAUGAUAUCGGAAGCAGCAGCAGCAGCAGCAGGGGAGUGGUUUGCUGCUGCAGUGAGCGUGCGCAUGCAGCAAGAAGACGUGGUGCAGUCUGCAUGCAAGCCCCCCUUCUUUGUGUCCAUAGGGGGUGUGGGGUACAUCUCCUGCACCCUGACCAGCAGCAGCAGCAGCAAACCGCUGCUGCUGUCGCUCGACAAAGCAGCAAAAGCUCUCGCCAGACUUUCUGUUGAAGAAGCUCUUCGAGGAGUUGCACUUUCUGCAGAAUGGACUUCCAGCAAAAGAGACACUUUUCCCUGUCUCCUCUACGCUGCAUGCAGCGAGAAACUCAACGCUGCGGAGCAGCCACUGCUGGAGGAGGGGAUAGCGCUGAGUCUGCAUGCGCUGCAGCAAGUGCCGCGUCUGUUUCUGCUGGUGCGGGGCUCGCGGGUCUCCCGCGGGCUGCAUGCGCAUGCGCAUGCACGUUUGGGGCUUUCGGACUCCGCGGGUUUGGGCGAACUCGAGGGUUUCUUUUCCAUCAAAGAAACCAACGAGUUCGCCCAAACCCUCAGCAGCCGCGGCUUCUUCUUCAACGCCCUCAGGGUCUACUGA